CUCAGGGAGAGUGGUGAGAGGCUGUUAUUUAGGUCUGUUACAGCAGACAGGGAGCAGCACACUUAAAGGCAGGGGGGGGAGACGACAGAGUCAGCACAGCCCAGCUCCACUUGGCUAGGCAGGGACCAAGCUCUGCAUUCCAUGCUGCCUGAGAAGGGAAAGAGCAAAACUCGGGCGACAGAGUGACAGCAGCAGAUAAGCUCGGAGAGGGAAGGCGGCAUUUCCAGUCGGCGAGCUGUUGCUGCAGUUUGUUGCAGCCCCUGACGUGAGCAGCAGGGCGGCUGAGACUGAGGGCUUGUAGAGAGAUUUUUUUCCUGAGGGGUGGGGGGGUGCCAUGUUUGACUGCAUGGAGGCGUUGGGAAUGGGCCCCCGUCAGCUCUAUGAUGUCACCAGCCGCGGCGCAUGCAUGCUGCGGAAGGCGAGCCCCUUCUUCGCGGGGCUGGACCCCUUCGCUUGGACGGGCAGUGCCAGCGUUCAGUGGCUCGGCCAAGGGGGCUGCUGUCAGGGGCUACAGAGCAGCACAGGAAGAGACUGGGACAGACAGUCUCCUCUCCUCCUCUUCCCACACCCCUCAGCCCACAGCUGGUUUGAGCUGCUCAGCCAUCUGAGAGAAACUCUCUGCUAUGAUAUGAUAUGCGCGGUGGAGACCCAGAGCACCAGCUCGGAAGAGAUGGUACCCAGUUCUCCAUCACCACCUCCCCCACCUCGGGUCUACAAGCCCUGCUUUGUGUGCCAGGACAAGUCCUCGGGGUAUCACUAUGGGGUCAGCUCCUGCGAGGGUUGCAAGGGUUUCUUCCGUCGCAGCAUCCAGAAGAACAUGGUGUACACCUGCCACCGAGACAAGAACUGUCAGAUUAACAAGGUCACGCGCAACCGCUGCCAGUACUGCAGGCUGCAGAAGUGCUUUGAGGUCGGCAUGUCCAAGGAAGCGGUACGCAACGACAGAAACAAAAAGAAGAAGGACGUGAAAGAGGAGGUGAUGCUUCCAGAGAGCUAUGAGCUCAGUGGAGAACUGGAGGAGCUUGUCAAUAAAGUCAGCAAAGCUCACCAAGAGACCUUCCCCUCACUUGGCCAACUGGGCAAAUACACCACCAACUCCAGCUCCGACCACCGUGUCCAGCUUGAUCUGGGCCUAUGGGACAAAUUCAGUGAGCUGUCAACCAAAUGCAUCAUCAAGAUUGUGGAAUUUGCCAAACGGCUGCCAGGUUUCACCACCCUCAGCAUUGCUGACCAGAUCACACUUCUUAAGUCUGCCUGCUUGGACAUUCUGAUGCUUCGGAUCUGCACACGCUACACUCCAGAACAGGAUACUAUGACCUUUUCCGAUGGCUUGACUCUGAACCGAACGCAAAUGCACAACGCUGGCUUUGGACCCCUAACAGACUUGGUGUUUGCCUUUGCUGGCCAGCUUUUACCCCUGGAGAUGGAUGACACAGAGACUGGCCUCCUCAGCGCCAUCUGCCUCAUCUGUGGAGACCGCAUGGACCUGGAGGAGCCCCAGAAAGUGGAUAAGCUGCAAGAGCCUCUGCUGGAGGCUUUAAAGAUUUACGCCCGUCGUCGUCGCCCCAACAAGCCCCACAUGUUCCCGCGCAUGCUCAUGAAGAUCACGGACCUCAGGGGCAUCAGUACCAAAGGUGCGGAGAGAGCCAUCACUCUGAAGAUGGAGAUCCCAGGGCCGAUGCCUCCCCUGAUCAGGGAGAUGCUGGAGAACCCAGAAGCCUUUGAAGACCAAACCGAGCGCAACGACAGCCCCCCACCCCCGCCGCCCCCGCCGCCACCGGCCCCGGCCCUGGUGCUGAAGCAAGAGGUCGAAGACGAGGACGACAGCUGGGCCACGGAGAACGGCAGCGAGCCGUCGCCCGAGGAGGAGGAAGAAGACGAGGACGAGGACGAUGCGGGCGAUGACGAGAGAGACAGGGGCUCGGACAGCGACGGGGAGCCGUGGGGGGUCCUGGACGCCAUAGACGGCUCCAGGAAAGGCCUUGUAGGGAGGGCUCAGUGAGCAGCCUAUUUCAUACACAUGCACUGAUUGAUGACACACACACAUAGAUAACCUCACUCCAUCUCCCGCAUCAAUAAAAACAUGGCCUUCCCCCCCGCCCCCCCUCCAUCUCGGUGUCCUCCACAGAGGAGCCUUAUGAGUUCACAGCCAUUAAACUGUGGCCCACGCGCUCCACCACAAGUGAACUCCAGACAGAUAAAGCUAAGGAGAGACGACAGUUAAAAACAACGCAAACUCCUGGCGAGGCCGAGGGGGACGUUAACAUGACAAAAAAAAAGUGACCCUCUCCAGUCUCUUUGUCUCGACUUUUGUUGUUCCUAACUGGACAGGACAAAGUGGAACAAUCAGAACUUAAUAGUUCUGGUUAAUCACAAAAAGCACAUUUCUUAAAAAUGAAACAUGAGUACAAGGCAAAACCAAAUCACAGUAUGUUAAUCUUUGUUUUUGCUGGUGACUAUUGUUUGUCUUCUUUUCU